ACGCUACACUGCGUACGGGCGGCUCCGGCAGAGAGGAUGCGGAGGCUCUGACGUUCUGUCCGCGGUCUGCAUGCUGAAAUCAGACCAUGCCGCAGCCAAAAUCUCGGAAGAUUGCCGUGCUGGGCUACAGAUCAGUGGGGAAGUCUUCUCUCACCAUCCAGUUUGUGGAGGGCCAGUUUGUGGACUCGUACGACCCCACCAUAGAGAACACGUUUACAAAGAUGAUGACGGUGAACGGUCAGGAGUACAACCUGCAGCUGGUGGACACAGCCGGUCAGGACGAGUACUCCAUCUUUCCUCAGAGUUACACCAUCGAUGUCAACGGUUACAUCCUCAUCUACUCCGUAACGUCCUACAAAAGUUUUGAGGUGGUCAGAGUGAUCCACGAGAAGCUGCUGGACAUGGUGGGAAACGUGCAAGUACCGAUCAUUUUAGUGGGGAACAAGAAGGACUUGCACAUGGAGAGAGUGAUCAGCUUCGAGGAGGGGAAAGCUCUGGCCGAGUCGUGGAACGCCGUCUUCCUCGAGUCUUCAGCCAAAGAAAACCAGACGGCCGUGGAGGUGUUCAGGAGGAUGAUCCUGGAGGUGGAGAAGAUGGAGGCUGGCCAGCCGCAGGGUCGGACGCCCUGCUCUGUGAUGUAGCUCCUAAUACCCGCCACACCGACCGACCCCAUCACUGUCCACCACGGGCAGAAGCGACCCGUUAGCAUUAGCCUCCAUGUUCGAUUCCUCAGACACGUCCCACCAGGCUCCAUCAGAGCUCCUGAUCCUGAGAGCUCCGCCCCCGUCGGGGAACAGCAGGGUGGGCAGGAAGCCUCAGGAUCGCCUCCUGCUGACUCUGUGCAGAUGUUUCCCAGCUGAACUGUGAACUGUAGACUUCCAGAACAUCUGCACAGAGCCAGGAGGAAGUCUGGGACUGAAAGGUGCUCCUUCAUGAAAACACGCAUCCAGACUUUAAGAAAACAGAUUUUAUUAAAUACAGUUAUUGAGCAUUACUGUUUAACUUUCAGUAGGACUGAAGAUUUGUUAAAGCAUGAAUUCUUCCUCAGAGUGGAUGAUUUAUUUUCAGAACACAGAUUUCCUGCUGGCUUUGUAGCCUGAUUAAAGUGAGAGAGCAGAGAAAGGAUGCAUGGCUGUGCUCCGUUUGAUCCACAUCCUGUUUGUCCUCUCCGUGACACUGAAGCUGCUACCUGAACUCCUCUCACCUGACCCCUCUUCUAUAUUAAAAAAUUCUUUUUAUAUGUAACAAAGAACUGUUUAUGUUUUUAUGAUUGUUCCCAUUAAAGUUGUGUUCUGU